AUGGUGAGCAGCAAAGCAGCAGCUCAGAAUGAGCGCUCUUCGGAGCGCAACGACAAGGUCGAUCGAAAGAAGGCGCCUGUGGCACCGCCAGGAGGAGACGUGCUGCGGCUGCGUGGCCUACCCUGGUCGGCCGGGCCGGCGGAGAUCGCCCAAUUCCUCCACGAGUAUGGAGUUAAAGAAAAGGACGUCACGAUGUGCGUCACCGAGUCAGGGCGACAAGACGGACAUGCUUGGGUAGUGUUCCCAAGUAAGGACAUCUCCAAGAAAGUGCUCCAGGAGAAGCAGCGCGCGACGCUGGGAGGGCGCUUUAUUGAGUUCUUCCAGUGGAAGGACCACUCCAAGGAGAAGACUCAGGUGACGACCACCAUGAAACUCUACUGUGGCAUUUUGAAGCACUUCGAUGCCCAGCGGAAGUGCGGCUACAUCUACUCCCCCGACGCCGAGGCGGAUGUUGGCAAGAUGGAGAUCUAUGCGUUCAAGGACGUCUUGGAACGGGGCCAGGCGGCGGUGGGCGACGCCUUGGCAUUUCCCCUGCAUUGGUCGCCCAAGGGGCAACCGCAAGCCUCAUCGCCCUUGAUCCGAAUUGCGGCCAAGAAGAGCUAUGCACACACAGGACGACUGAAGCUGCAGGAAGACAGCAAGGCUGGCUUCAUUGAGUGUGCUGAGGUCACGCAAGUCCUGGGCCGUGAAGUCUAUGUGAGCCCUUCCAUGGCACAGACACUGACGUCAGGCUGCAAGGUGGCCUUCAAUUGCUACCUCACCUCCAUGCCGGCGGCCUUCGCACGAGCCCCGCUGGACAAAGCCAACGUCCCAGUCUGUAGCGAGCUGCUGCCGGUCGACGACGCCUUCACCCCUCCGGGGCCCGAGCUCCACGAGACGUGCACGGCCGAGGGCUUCGAGUUCCGCGGCGGCGGCGAGUGGAUGGGCGCGGGCGCGGGCGCCGGCGCGAGCAGCGCGGAGCAGGCUGGAUGA